CCUGCCCUACCGACCUGACAGGCUUGUCCCUGCAUCAAACACACAGCAGCUGACUCCAUCACACACCACCUCACCGCGUCCUCCUUCUCCACUCACUGAGGUUCUUCCCCGAGGAAGAUGCCUGUCCAGUCCACUUUGUCCGGCAGGGGCUCCGGCUCCAUCAAGGCCGAGAACACACAGUCGGACGGGAAGUCGUUUGAGCAGCUGAGGAACGAAUGUUUGCAGAAGGGGGUCCUGUUUGAGGAUCCAGACUUCCCCGCCACCGACUCCUCGCUCUUCUUCAGCCAGAGUGUCCCUGUCCAGAUUCAAUGGAAGAGGCCCAAGGAGCUCUGCGACAACCCAAAGUUCAUCGUCGGUGGUGCAGACAGGACAGACAUUUGCCAAGGAGAGCUCGGAGACUGCUGGCUCCUGGCAGCCAUUGCAUCCUUGACCCUAAAAGAAGACGCCCUGACCCGAGUCGUCCCCCACGACCAGGACUUUGACCACAGAUACGCCGGCAUCUUUCACUUCCAGUUCUGGCAGCACAACAAAUGGCUGGACGUCGUGGUGGACGACAGGCUGCCGUCGGUGAGAAACAAACUCAUCAUGCUUCACUCCGCCUCCAACGACGAGUUCUGGAGCGCCCUGCUGGAGAAAGCCUACGCCAAACUGCACGGCAGCUACGAGUCCCUGAAGGGCGGCAGCACAAUGGAGGCCAUGGAGGACUUUACCGGCGGUGUGGGGGAAGCAUAUGAAACCAAGAGUGCUCCAGACGACCUGUUCUCGAUCAUGAAGAAGGCCCUGGACAGAGGCUCCAUGAUGGGAUGCUCUAUUGAUAUCACCAGCUCUGCCGAGUCUGAGGCCAAGACGACCACCGGCCUGGUGAAGGGACAUGCAUACUCCAUCACAGGCGUGGAGGAGGUGAAUUUCAGAGGUCAGACGGUCCAGCUGAUCCGAAUCAGAAACCCCUGGGGUCAGGUCGAGUGGAAUGGUCCCUGGAGUGACGAUUCCAGAGAGUGGAGUUAUGUUGACAAGGCGGAAAAGAAUCGCAUCCUGCAGAAUUCAGCAGACGACGGUGAAUUCUGGAUGGAGUUUCAGGACUUCAAGAGGAACUACGACAAGGUGGAGAUCUGCAACAUGACCCCUGAUUCCCUGACUGACAACACAAAGCGCGCCUGGGAGGUCAGCCUGUUUGAGGGAAACUGGAUCCGCGGCUCCACCGCUGGAGGCUGCAGGAACUUCAUCGACACAUUUUGGACCAACCCGCAAUUCAAGCUGCAGCUGGAGGACACUGAUGACGAUGACGAUGUGUGCAGCGUAGUGAUCGCUCUGAUGCAGAAGAACAGACGAAAGAUGAGGAAGGAAGGCCUGGACAUGGAGACCAUCGGCUUCGCAGUGUACGAGGCUCCAGAUGACGAUGACCACCUGGGGAAAGAUUUCUUCCGCUACCACUCGUCCAAGGCUCGCAGCAAGACCUACAUCAACAUGCGGGAGGUGUCGGAGCGCUUCACACUGCCUCCUGGGAAAUACCUGCUGGUCCCAACCACCUUCCAGCCCCACCAUGAGGCCGACUUCCUCAUCAGGAUCUUCUCAGAGAAGAAGGCCGAAGCUCUGGAGAUGGGGAGCAAUGUUGAUGCUGACCUCCCAGAUCCGCCUGCUCCCAGCCUUCCAGAAGAGGAAACAAAGGAGGAGAAAGGCCUGAGGAGGCUGUUUGAUCAGCUGGCGGGUGAUGACAAGGCUAUCUCUGUCAGAGAGCUUCAGCAGAUGCUGAAUGGCGUUCUCAGCAGACGAAAAGAGAUCAAAUUUGACGGCCUGAGUCUCAACACCUGCCACAGUAUUAUCAACCUGAUGGAUGUGGACAACACAGGGAAGCUGGAGUUCCAAGAGUUUAAGGUCUUCUGGGAAAAGAUGAAGAAGUGGAUUAUGCUCUUCUUGUCCUUCGACAGCGACCGCUCAGGGAAGAUGUCGUCCUACGAGCUUCGCAGUGCUCUCAAAGCCGCAGGCAUGCAGCUGAACAACAGGCUCCUGCAGCUGAUCGGCUUGAGGUUUGCUGACGAGAACUACGACAUCGACUUCGACGACUACCUCACCUGCAUCGUCCGUCUGGAGAACAUGUUCAGAGUUUUCCAGGCGAUGGAUAAAUCCAACAAGGGACGUGUGAACAUGAACAUCAUGCAGUUCCUGAUGCUGUCCAUGAAUGUCUGAGCAGAAGCUGGAAGCAAACAGAAGCCACGGGAAGAACAAAACACAGUCCCGGAGCGCAGUGUGUUGAAUACUCGGGCCGUAAUGGUGCAUGCACGCAUUUUCUUUAUGAUGUUUCAAAUUCUCAAAAUCUAUCUGCUUUUUUGAGCAAAUAAUGUGAGAUAACUUUCUGCGCUGAAGUAUUGGAACGGUGGGAGCAGAUGUUAAAGUUUACUGACUUGUGCUUUUGGACAAAACAUUGUUUUAUUUUCUCUGUUCUCUGCAUGAAUGGAAAUACAUUUUGAAUUAAACGUCUGGCUUUUCA